ACAAUGUUGAUCUCGGAAAUAUAUUUAGAAGCUAUGUAGCAUGUGUCCAUUUUUGAAGUAAUAAUUAUCAAUGUCGACACCGACCUAUGAAUUAGAGUGCCUAAAUUGGUUCGAAUGAAGGGUGUACAAAAUGCUGCACAUUCAUUUCAAAACUGAAAACCCCUCUGAAAAUUUGGGGUGAUUGGGCCAGUCCGCCUGUUUUCAACAGAAGCAACAACUAUCAAAAUAAGCAUGUUAGUAUGCAAGUGCACUUCACAGGCAUUAUAGAGGAAGAAGCCGGAAAACAAGUCAGGUGCACCUGUAUGAAGAGAAAAUGACAGGGGGUGAGCAGUUUGAUCCAAUCUGCAGAAUUUGCUUGGAAUCAACCCCAAUUUCUGUGCUGGGUGAAGCUGGUUUAUUGGCAGAGGAGCGUUUGAUAUCACCUUGUGCUUGCAGCGGAACACAAGCUUAUGUACAUCUGAAAUGUUUGAGAAGGUGGCAGAAUGCUGUCUUGACGUCGACGAGACCUGGAGCCAGUCGUACAGCUGCUAUAAUAUGUCCGGUUUGCACUACAAAGUUCUCUGUUGUCCCCCCUCAUACUGGGUUGACUUCUCGCACAUUGAAAGUUAUCACCAAUUACUCAUGUGAAUGGGCUAGCGUCAUUUGUGUAUUGUGUGCUUGCUACUUUGCUCUUGCUGGUCUCAACUUGCAGACGAUUCUGGACGAAUUUGAAACUGCAUUGGCCUUGGCUCGAGAAAUUUUACCAUGUAGUUUUAACAUCAACACAGAAGAGGAAUGCUUGUCGUGGGCAUGCAGCAUGCUAGAAAGGAAAUUGGGAUCUGGUCGACCAAGUCUACACCCUGGCACUGUGUUGGUGGCUACUGCUGCAAUGUCUUCCUCUUUUUUCUUUGGUUCUGUUGUGCUCCUUUAUGAGCAUAAAAGGUGUAGUGGCUCCCGAGGACUUAUUUUGAAUAUGCCACUUGAGAAAGAGAGAGUUUUUGAUUGGGAAGUCAAGUCUCUACGAAGUAGGCAUAUUGGUGCACUUUCUAGGCAUGUAGAACAUGGAGCUGGUGGGCCUGUGGCACCAAAUGACUGGAUGGUUUUACAUAAAUGUGCUUGUUGUAAAACAUCAACACCAAAACACUUGUGCAAUCAGUCUCUUGGUAAAGAGAAACCAUUUACAAGGGACUGGGGACUAGAACUAUUGCCGGGAGUUUUUCUUGGAAGAGAUCUUUCACCUGUGCUUCACUUUGCAAAAGAAGAAACCCUGGUAAUUACACAUCAAAUACUUCAUGGUCAUGCCGAGUGGUUUGUGGGUCAGCUGGGUAGUGAAGUAAAGAGAGGGUUUUGGCUCGCCAAGUCAAAUGCAUCUGAAGCAUUGCUUUCAAAUUCUCCACAAGAGCUUUGGCAAGCCUUGAUUAAUGAGUAACCAUUCAUAUAUUCCUUUCUUGUAGGUAUUGUUUUUCUUGUCUAAUAAAUUCCAAUUGUUAGUAGUUUUAUUUUUGUAAAUGUGACUGCCAUUGUCACCUUUCUGGAAGCUGAGAAAGCAUAAAUGAAAAAAUGUAUGAACAGCAAUUUAUUGUUUCGGUGUAAAUAUAACUACACAUUUCUUUUUA